AUGGCGGGGACUGUUUCGGUGCUGGUCACUUUGAUGAUUGCGUUCCCGGCGUGUUCUAAGAGCCACCGGAACUCAUCCACCGCAAGAUGGAACCUAUUGUGGGGUUUAACAGUUCUAGUUCAACUUCAUGGGCACAGAGGUUGCUUUGAAGAAGAGAGGAUGGGUCUAUUAGAAAUCAAGGAAUUUGUGAGGUCCAGCCCCAAUGUUACAAAUCAUCUUCUCCCUUCUUGGGUUGAUGACCAUGAGAGAUCAAUAAGUUUAUUGAGGUUGAAGAAGCUAGAGACGUUAGAUCUUGGUUCUAACGUGUUCAAUCUGAGUAUUAUACAAUCAUUGAGAUUACUUAAAUCACUCAAAACUUUGAGUCUUCAUGAUAAUUAUUUGGAAGGAUCCUUUCCUGCUAAAGAACUUUCAGUUUUCGAAGACUUGGAGACGUUAGAUUUAAGCAACAAUGAACUCAAUGGCCCCCGAAGAAUUCAAGAUUUCAAAUGUUUGUCGAAGCUAAGCAAGCUGAAACACCUAGACCUAGCUGGCAAUUAUUUCAAAAGAGAGAUUUUAAGAUCUUUGGGUGCACUGUCAGCGCUUACAUCCUUGAAAUUGGAUUCUAAUCAAAUGGAGGGCCCCCUUUAUGACCAAGAUCUUGCUAAUCUAAGAAGCUUGGAGGUCCUCAAUUUAGGAGGCAAUAAUUUCAAUGGUUCCUUGCCAAAAUGUUUAUGUGGACUCAAAAAACUUGAAGAGUUAGAUGUUAGCGGGAAUUCUUUUGAAGGGACCCUUCCAUCUUGCCUAUACAAUUUGACAUCUCUUCAACAGUUAGAUCUCAAUGGGAAUCAGUUUCGAGGAAACCUUUCAUCUUGGAUAGUUGGCCUUACAUCCCUUAAGUAUAUUGAUCUCAGUUAUAACCUUUUUGAGGGUUUAUCAUUCAGCUUAUUUGCUAAUCAUUCCAAGCUUGAGUCAUUUCAAUUUAGAUGUGAUAACGAGAAGGUCGAGAUAGAAAAAGAAAAUUCAGAUUGGGUACCCUUAUUUAAGUUGGAGUCUUUAGUGAUAUCUAACUGUUCUCUGAAUAAGUUAUCCCAUCAACUUCCGACAUUUCUCUUUUACCAGCAUAGCUUGAGAAAACUUGAUCUUUCACACAAUGGGUUGAAAGGACCGUUUCCUGAUUGGUUGUUUAGAAACAAUAGUAGGCUAAAAUCUGCCACUCUUAACCAUAACUCUUUCACGGGUCAUUUUCAUUUGCCGCUGUGUCUUAACUCUACUUAUGUGAUAGAUGUGUCAAACAAUCAGCUCAAUGGAAAGCUUCAACGAAAUAUUGGGGAGAUCCUACCAAAUAUACGGUACCUACAGUUAUCCAGUAAUUCUUUCACAGGUUCUCUCCCAUCCUCAUUUGGUAAUAUGAGUCUCUUGAACACACUCGACGUGUCCCUUAACAACUUCUCCAGAGAAGUACCAAAGGACUUAUUUGUAGGUUGCUCCAUGCUGUCGAUCUUGGUAUUAUCCAAUAAUUAUUUUGAUGGCCACUUAGAUUGGGUACCUUUAUAUAACUUAACUUGGCUAUUUAUUUUAAAAAUAAAUCAUAAUCAAUUCUCUGGAGCUAUGCCAAAUGAAUUACCCAAUUUCAUGAAUCUUGAUCUCUUGGAUGUUAGCAACAACAAAAUGUCGGGUAGGAUUCCUACUUGGAUAUGCAAUUUAACAUAUGUUGGUGGUAUUCUCAUGCAAAAUAAUAAUUUUGAAGGUCAAAUUCCAUGUGAAACAAUUACAGCUGAGUUUUUGGACCUUUCUCAUAACCUCCUUGAUGGAUCUUUACCUUUGUGGUCAAGCACUCGGUUAAAACAUUUACAUUUGGAAGAGAACAACUUUUCAGGAUCAAUACCAGAACAAUUUCUCAAUAUGUCGGAGCUUUGGACAUUGGAUAUUAGUGAUAAUAAAUUGUCAGGCAGCAUUCCCAGUGCAAUCAGUAAAACUUCCAACUUAAGAAUUUUGUUGCUGGGAGGAAAUCAUUUGAGUGGCAAUAUUUCAACACAGUUAUGUCAACUGACCAAUAUAACUUUAAUGGAUCUUUCAAGAAACUUAUUUUUCGGGACAAUACCUCAUUGUUUUGGACACACACUGUCUUUUGGUAUUUUUGAAGCACGAUAUUUGCAAUGGGCUUCUGAAUUUAGUACUUCCUUCGAUGGUAUUGUCGAUCUUGUGUAUUACCUAGAUGUUGAAAUUAACUUUGUUACCAAAUAUAGGCUUUGCUCUUACGAUGAUGACAUUCUUACUUACAUGUCAGGUUCUAUUCCAAAAUCUUUCUCAGACUUGACUAAAGUAGAGAGUUUGGAUCUUUCUCACAAUAGAUUGAGUGGAGAAAUUCCUCCACAAUUGAUUGAGCUUACCUUUUUGGAGGUGUUCAGUGUUGCUUAUAACAACUUAUCAGGUAGGACCCCAGAUAUGAAAGCCCAAUUUGGAACUUUUGAUGCAAGCAGUUAUGAUGGAAAUCCAUUUCUUUGUGGACUGCCAUUGGAGAAAAAUUGCACCAGGAGAGAUGAUUCUCCAACGCCAAUGCAUUCCUCAGAUGUAAGUGAUGAGAAAUGGUACAAAGUUGAUCAAGCGGUGUUCUUCACUAGCUUUUCGAGGCUACUGCGGCGCGUGGAGGCGCGUGAGUGCUCGUAUGAUUACCAGAUUCUCAGGCCAAGUGGAUCGGUGGACGACAAGGCCGGCUUGGAGGGGCGUGUGACUGAGAUUCGAGCUGCGAGUCGAGAAUCUUCGGCGGCGCGUGUGAGAGUUCCGGUAACCAUUGGUCGCGCGUGGUGGCGUGUGCGGCUGUCGUUGGAGGUCGGGUUUCUGGGUUUUGGUCGCGAUAUGCCGUGGAGCACGUAUGUCUUGUUGGUUUCAUCAGGCGAAGGCUUGAUAUGCACAGAUCUGAUAUUGAUGUCACGGGUUUGCUUGAGUUUGUGGAUCUUGGACACAGCACUGCGCCACGGUGGCUGCGAGAUGCCAUGGAGUCUAGAUCCAGCAGAGAAGCAUGCGUGA